CUAAAUAAACAGAAGAAGGGUCCAGUUUUGUUUGAGAGAGCUUCUGGAAGCUGGUGGAAUCCUAAAUUUGACUCGAAGAAACUGGAAGACCAGCUGUCCAAGUGUUAUUUUCCACAAACCCAACGACGUUUCCAGUAUGUCUUGUUGUAUGUUGUUGUGGCAUGUAUUUCAUGGUGCAUAUUUUUCGGAUUAAUGCAAAAAGUCACUUGGCAGAUCGGAAUCGCUGCCAUUUUGGCUGUUAUUUCUAUUUUGUUUCUGGUGUUUACAAAGACUAAGAAAUAUGGUUCCACAUAUUUGAUAAUAUCUGUCAUAUUUGUGCUUAUCGUUGCUUUGCUGAUAUUAGCUGGAUUUUUCUUAGAUUCUCCGAAUGUGUCCACCGUUGGUACGUUCUGUGCCUCCGCGGAAUUUUUAUUCCUUAUGUAUACUUUUAUUCCAUUGCCUUUAUUUGUUGCUGUCCUAGUUGGAGGUGUUUACUCUAUUUUAUAUGAAAUUUUGACCGCUGUAUACAUAAGCGAAAUGUUUCAUUAUGAUUUUAUCAUUUGUAAAAUUUUGUUGCAUAUAAGUAUGCAUAUUGUUGGCAUCCAUAUUUUUAUAAUGUCACAAGUCAGAUGUCGCAGCACAUUUUGGAAAAUUGGACAGUCUUUGAUCGUCAGGAGGGACUUGGUUUUAGAGAAACGUAUUAAAGAAAAGAUGAUUCAUUCUCUUAUGCCUCCGUCGGUGGCUGCGGAAGCCAUGCGAGCUCGAGAAGACAAGGAAGAAGAUAAAGAUAAAGAUGCUGAUCAGCAACAAGAUAAGAAAGAUAGUAAACCAGCUCGGGGUGAAAUCAUCUUUCGUAAUUUCAAUAUGAGCAAGAUGGAAAAUGUCAGUAUUCUAUUUGCGGAUAUUGUUGGAUUUACUAAGAUGAGCUCUAAUAAAACUGCCGAAAAACUUGUAGGACUACUCAACGAUUUGUUUGGCCGAUUCGACAAGUUAUGUGUUGAUACUGGCUGUGAGAAAAUUACAACUCUUGGAGAUUGUUAUUACUGUGUGUCUGGAUGCCCCGAACAAAAAAAAGAACAUGCACAUUGCUGUGUAGAAAUGGGUAUUGCCAUGAUUAAAGCUAUUAAACAGUUUGAUGAGGACAAUAAUGAAUCGGUCAACAUGAGAGUUGGUGUCCAUACUGGAACAGUUUUAUGUGGCCUGGUAGGAAAAUGUCGUUUUAAGUUUGAUGUAUGGUCCAAUGAUGUGACCCUUGCUAAUAUCAUGGAAUCAACAGGAGAACCUGGCAGAGUUCAUAUCUCAGAGUGUACUUUGGAAUUUAUUAAAGAUCAAUAUGAAGUAGAGGAAGGGGAGCCUACUGAA